GAAAAAACUGUCGUCCUCACGGAUGACAAGUGGAACGAAUCAGAUACAGUCAUCGGUGUGUGGGAUUGAUGAUGAUAAGAUUCAUCUCUGCAAUUAUGUUAGUCUUUUUGUAAAUUUAAAGUCAUUGGAAGCGGUAAGUAUGCUCCACAUCGGCAUUCCAUGCACCUCCGUGCUCCCGCCUCCUCCUCCUCCUCGUGCUCCUAAUUUCCGGCGCUUUAUUUGGGCUUCUUCUAUUCAGCGGAAGGGAAGCUACAAAGGACCAAAGCCUGGUAGGGAUUGGAUCGCCGAUUGGGUCUCCAAGAACGACGACGCCGUUCGGAGUUUGCCAAUCUACGUCGGAGGAGCCUCUUUGUUAGCCAUUCUAUUUAACCGUGCCAUCUCGGGGAUUGCUCCCGUUGCCGAUGCCAGCAGUUCACAGUCAAGAGCGGAUCUAUUGACACUUGGGCUGGCUGUGACCAAUGUAUUAACUGGAUUAGUAUGGUUAUCAAUCCGACCAAAAUCUAUCAUUCCGGUAGAACCACAAGGAGUGGAACGUCAAGUAAUUUAUUCUCACCUUCCUGAAUCGGUUGUUUCUGAGAUACAUUGGGCAUGGGAGUCUCUUUCCACUGUAACAUGCUGCAGGUCUCUAGUUAUUGUUUAUGACUUCCAGUGUAUUGCUCAAAUUGGUGUGGCUGCUAAAUCACUGAAUGAUAAUGAACCUAUCACAGUGGAUGCUGCUAAACUGAUGCAGGGUUCACUAUGUCAAGGUGUUUUGAAGUCUGGAGCGCAGAGCUACCUGGCCAAUCUGUCUCUUUACCCCGGAAGGACUGAGCUGCCAUUUCUGCCUUCAAAUACCCAGGCAGUGAUUUUGCAACCAUUGGGAGAUAGAGGCAUUGCGAUUCUUGGCGGGGACACAAUUAGGGGUUUUACAACUUCUGACCAGGCAUGGAUUAGUUACAUGGGAGAGAAAUUGGAUGCCACGCUUGCAAAAUACUCGAGUGACAUGCCAUUAGUGGUGCAAGAGUGAGUUUGAAGUAAAUCAAGCUUUGAGCAUUGAUCUGCUGUUCAUAUUAUCUUCUGCAGACUUUGUUUAAGAUGUUUUGCUUCCCCAGGCAGCGAUGUUUCUUGAAGCCAAGUGUAGAGGAUAUCCAGACGCAGGGCCAUGCACGCUGCCAUUUGGAAAAAAAAAACAUAUGCUAACUUGGCAUUCCCGUAAAACCUGCAAUGAUAUGCUUUCGGCUGUAGAGAAUGUGCCAGUAGGCUGUGAGUGAAUACUGAGUAUAUCCUCUGCUUAUCUCUGUUGAUCAUAUUCUUCAUUUUUGGUAGUACGCUCAUUUUACAUCUGUGUCUGACUCAUAUCCGGACAUAGUUACAGGAAUAUCUCUCCAAAUGUAUU